AGGCCAGCAGCGAGAUGGAGAAGUCAAAGCUCGAGUGCAGCCAGGCAUAUGAAGAGAAGUCGGCCGACCUCAAGCUGAAGGAGGCGGACCUCGACGUCUUCAACUUCGUCCUGGAAGCCACCAGGUGCGCCGACGAGGAGGCCGCCAGCUUCGAGCAGGAUGGCGCGACGCCAGGGUCACUACAGAAGCACCGCGCGGGGCAUCCUCGCAGCAACGAGUCAGCCGCCAAGCGCAAGGCCACGAUGAUGAUUUGUGCGACGCCGCGGGAUGGAUUCCAGAUCCACUUCGACGACCCAGCAGCGCAAGCGAAGUUCCAACGCCUACUGACGACGCCUGCUCGCCAGGUGCUGGAAAGGUUGGUCGGCAAGGUGGCGCAGAAGGAGGGCCUGCUGGAGGUGCGCGCUGGCCGCUCGCAGGGAGAAGCGAUUGCGCACUUCAGCACGACCACGACCGCGCCGCUUCUGGAGAUGGUGGAGCCGACGCCUGUCCAGACAGCGCCUUCGGAGGGGCAGUGGAAGAAGUGCACGAACGGGGUGCCCAGCUGCGGCCUGCUGCACGACUCCAUGUCCGUCCAGUGGGGCGUCUACAGGGAUUUGGUCGACGAGCUCAAGUACGAGAUGUCCGUGGACAAGGCAGAGUGCCAGGCCAUGCAGGACAACUUGAACGAGCAGCUGGCCGUCAUAGCCUCGGCCAAGACGAAGGCCAUGGAGAUGCUCGCGGAAACGGUGUCGAGCGUGCAGGCGGCGAGCCAGGAGUCGACCGAGAAGAACGAGGAGUAUCGUGAAUUGGAGGAGAUUUUCGAAAAGCAGAUGGGCGAGUACAAAUCCAAGGUCGAUGAGAUCCUGUUCACCAAUAUUUGUGCCGUGAGGAAGGUGCGGGAUGGGCUCAUGAUGAACAGCGAAGUCUCGCCGCCGGAGAAGAUCGAAGAUUGCGACGUUGAGGAUUGGUCUCCCGGCGAAUGUUCUGUUGCUUGUGACGAUGAAUGCCCAAGUCCAGAUCCAUCGGCAUGCGGAGGCUGGCAGACUCUCGAGAGGCGAGUCCUGACGCAGCCGAACGAAUUUGGAAUCAAGUGUCCCGUCCUGACAAUGCAGAAGAAGUGCAACCAGAUCAGGUGCCCAGUCGACUGCGGGAUGUCGGAGUGGAGCGCCUGGUCGGCGUGCGCGGCGGAUUGCGGGGGGGGCGUGCAGGGGAGGACCCGGUCGAUCCUUGUCAAGCCGAAGAACGGCGGUCAGGAAUGCGACACCGCGAUGGAGUCACAGCCAUGCAACACGGGCUCUUGCGACAGGGACUGCGUGCUGGCCGAGUGGACGCCCUGGUCGCCGUGCUCGGUCGCGUGCGGCGGGGGCUUCCAGGAGAGAGCCCGGAAGGUCGCGGUUCCGAUCCGCGGCAUGGGCAAGUGCCCCGUCGAGGACCACGCGGACCGCCUCGAGGAGCAGCCCUGCAACGCCCACGAGUGCAUCGGCGACGAGGUCUGCAUCGCGAAGCAGGACCUGGUGAUCGCCAUUGACGGGAGCGGCUCGAUGAGGGAGGGCGGCUUCGAGACGCUCCGUGACUUUGCGGCCAACGUCAGCCAGAGGUACAAGCCCAUGUACUACGGGGCCGAGGCAAUGCGGGUGGGCGUCAUCCUGUUCGGGCAGGGCAGCGUGGAGGACGACGGAACCGUCACGCCAGCCGAGAUGGUCCAGGAGCUGACUAACGACACGGCAGCUGUCAAGGAGCAGAUUGAAAGCUUGGCGUGGCAGCGGGGGACCACGAAUCUGGCACAGGCGCUGUCGCUGGCCGACCGGAUGUUUCGCGAGGGCGGGCGUCCUGACGCUCAGAGCGCGAUCAUGAUCCUCACAGACGGCAGGCCUUCUCUCAGGUUCGCGUCGGGCCAGGCAGUCCGAAAGCUGAAGGAUAAGAACGUGAAGGUCUUCAUGGCACCCAUAGCAGACAACUCGGGGAAGGACACCGACCUGCUGAAGCAGUGGGCAAGCCAGCCGUGGGAGACCAACUACGAGCGCAUCCCAGGCCUGGCGGCCCUGAAGCCGAACUUCGACAUGUUCGGGCAGAGGCUCGUCGCGAAGUUCUGCCCGAGCUCGUUCUCGCCCUCGCGGCAGAAGCAGAAGGAGGAGGCGAGAGGGUUCAUACUCCUCCACGAGCUGGGGUGCCCUGACGAGGCCUGCGCGCCCGGGAUCUCGUCCGCGUCCAGCAGCCUGGGGACGUUCGCGUCGCAGGACGCGUGCUCCGCCGAGGCGGCGGCGCGGGGCGUCUCCAUAUUCUGCUACUACGCGAGGGGCAGGCUCGCUGGCGCAUGCUUCGGUGGCAGCCUGGAGGUGAGCGCUGAGCAGUGGGAGGAGUGGAAAGCCAACAGCGUAGACCCGAAGUGCCCCAAUGGUGAGUGGACGCCGGACCCGUACGCCGAUACGUACGCUGUCAGUCCAGACCUCAUCGCGAUGCACCACAUCCAGCCUGGUUAUUACGACGACUAGGGGUGGAUGUUGUAAAAGGACAAAAAGCGAACGCGCCGCAAUCACACAGUGUGUCCGCUCUGCCACGCUACCACCUCGUCUCACUCACCGCUGGAUGCGAGUGUUUGUCGGCGAUCGCAGGUGGCUUGGGACCAGCUGUCGGGCCGACAGCUGGCAGACGGGUACGGGCUGGCCCAGAGGGUGUCGUCGAGGACUUGGGGCCUCGGGCCUGGGAAUAUCUUCCAAGGAGCUCACCAAUGUCUGGCAAAUUCAUACGAACUUGUCUUGGUGAUCCAGUCGCCUGUUCUUGGGAGGCCCACAAUCCGUGGGAAGUCGCGGACCAGCUGAGACAUGUCAGACACACGGGGCGAGCGACCUCCCAGGCAUGGGAUAUUCCAUCGCAUUGUUUCCUCGAGCUACGCAUUGCCCCGAGCAUGUUUCCUUCACACGUCCUUGCGCCGCUUUGAGCAGCAUCCCUCGCUGAGCUACGCCCACCUGUUCCUUGCACAGUGCCUGUUGGCUUCACGUGCCGGGUUUGGCUUUGCCCCGUCAUGGGUCACGCUGCUUCGCA